AUGGAAUCUGUACGAGUCAACCCCAAGUUGUCCGCUAUGCCGACCGAGAAUACAAUGAACGACGACCAUGGAAAAUCCCCAAUCUUUCGUUACGAAGAAAAAGAAAAUCGUGGGAAUAUCGAAAUGGCCAGUGCCCACCUCGAAGAGAUCCAAAUUUUCAAACAAGGACUUCAUCAACGACAUAUUCAGAUGAUUGCCUUAGCAGGGACGAUUGGCACUGGUCUUUUUCUCAGUUCUGGUCAGGCAAUUGCAGUGGCCGGACCUUUGGGGGCUUUCAUGGCCUAUUCUAUCGUUGGUCUCAGCGUUUCCAGCGUCAUUUUCGCCGUGGGAGAAAUGGGUGCGCUCGUUCCACUCAAUGGGGGUGCGAUCCGAUAUGCAGAACUAUUUUGCGAUCCAGCUUUGGCAUUUGCUAAUGGCUGGAAUCAAAUCUAUUCAUACCUGGUAUCUAUCCCGGCUGAACUUGUCGCCGCUGCAGUCAUUGUGGAGUUCUGGGCAACGGUAAGCAAUGCUAUUUGGAUCACCAUUUUCGGCUUAUUGAUGAUGAUAACUGCCCUUGUCUUUGUUCGAGUUUAUGGAGAGUUAGAGUUCUGCUUCUCGAUGCUCAAAAUUAUGUUGAUCAUUGCGAUCAAUAUAAUGGCAUUGGUGAUCACUUGCGGUGGUGGUCCGAACCAUGUUGCUAUUGGAUUCAGCUACUGGGUCAAGCCAGGCCCAAUGGUCCAGUAUCUCAAUGUCCCUGGCUUGCUAGGUCGCUUCCUUGGCUUCUGGAAAACCUUUGACAGCGCUCUCUACGCUUACUCAGGGAUCGAGAACAUCACCGUGGCUGCCGCUGAGACAAAAAGCCCUCGCACGGCCAUCCCAAUGGCCGCCAGGGGAAUCUUCUUCCGCAUCCGUAUUUUCUACGUUCUGACGAUUUUCAUGGUUGGAUUGGUUGUACCCUCUGAUGACCCGAGCCUGUUAAACUCUACCAAUACCGCCUCGCAAUCCCCAUUUGUCAUUGCGGCUCGCAAUGCAGGAAUCAAGGUGUUCCCAUCAGUCAUCAAUGCAGUUGUCUUAACAUCGGCAUGGUCGUCUGGAAAUUCCAACAUGCUUGGCGGAUCCCGGAUUCUGUUCGGCAUGGCUGUCCAUGGCCAUGCACCCGCAAUUUUCAAACGAACUAGUCGUUUUGGAAUACCUUACGUGGCAGUCAUGUUUUAUGGUCUUUUCAUGGGUCUAGGCUAUAUGACCCUCUCCAGCUCUGCUAGUAAUGUAUUCAGCUGGAUGCAGAGUAUUGUUUCGAUCUCCACCCUCGUCAACUUUAUAUGCAUUUGCAUCGUCUAUCUGCGUUUCAUAUACGGUUGUCAAAAGCAAGGAAUCGAUCGGCACAAGGAACUGCCAUGGGCAGCGCCUUUCCAACCAUUCACCACAUGGGCAUCUUUAUUGAUCUUUGUCCUUCUUGAAUUCACUGGGGGGUUUACCACUUUCAUGAAGGGGAGGUGGAGUACAGAAACCUUCAUUUCCUCCUACAUCAAUUUGCCUCUCUUUGUUUUGGUAUAUGUUGGGUACAACUUAUUCAUGAAAACCAAAAUUCUGUCUUUAGAGGAUAUUCCAAUUCGACCAUUUGUAGAAAGUGCGAAAAAGAGCCCGGAGCCGCCGGUGAAAAGGAAGCGAGGACUGGCAAAGCUCAAUAUUUUGUGGUCUUAG